UACUACAUCUCCCAUCAUGCACCGGGCUACAUGGGCUGUCUGUGGCCUGAUGUACAUGGGCUGCCUAUUGUAAUGCUGUAAGGAGAGAGACCUAAACAAACAACCUGGGCAGGAGGUGGCAGCUCAGGGCAGUCAGGGGCUUCUUGCAGGCUUUGUCGUGGUCCUGUGGGGUUCAUGAUGAGACCUAGUGGGCCUCUAGGCUUCCUUUCUCCGUGCAGUUGAUAGUUUGGGAGUCGGCGAAGGUCCAGGAGUGGACAAUGGCAGACAGUCUAAAGAGCUUUCUUCAGGAUCUUGCUCGGGGCAUCAAGGACUCCAUCUGGGGAAUAUGCACAAUAUCAAAGCUGGACGCUCGUAUUCAGCAGAAGAGGGAGGAGCAAAGGAAGCGGAGAGCCAGUAGUGUCCUCGCACAGAGGAGAGCUCAGAGCGAAGAGAAGAAGCCCGAGAAUGAGCCGCGCAUUGUAACCCGGAUUUUCCAGUGUUGUGCGUGGAAUGGAGGCGUAUUCUGGUUGAGUCUUUUCUUGUUCUACCGAAUGUUUAUCCCAUUGCUACAAACGGUUACAGCAAGGAUAAUCGGUGACCCGUCCUUACAUGGCGAUGUCUGGUCCUGGCUGGAGUUUAUCCUCACUUCUGUUUUCAGCGCACUAUGGGUCCUCCCACUCUUUGUGCUUAGUAAGGUUGUUAACGCCAUCUGGUUCCAGGACAUUGCAGAUUUGGCUUUUGAGAUGUCCGGUAGGAAAUCCCAACCUUUCCCCAGUGUUAGUAAAAUUAUAGCGGACAUGUUGUUUAACCUGUUGCUACAAGCGCUCUUCCUAAUUCAGGGGAUGUUUGUCAGCCUCUUCCCUAUUGAUAUCAUCGGACAGCUCAUUAGUUUGCUGCACAUGUCGCUGCUCUACUCUCUGUACUGUUUUGAGUAUCGUUGGUUCAACAAAGGAAUUGAGAUGCAUCAGCGACUGUCUAACAUUGAAAGGAACUGGCCGUAUUACUUUGGGUUCGGUUUGCCUCUUGCGUUUCUGACAGCCAUGCAGUCAUCUUAUAUCAUCAGCGGCUGUCUGUUUUCCAUCCUUUUUCCGCUGUUCAUCAUCAGUGCUAAUGAAGCUAAGACACCAGGAAAAGCAUACCAUUUCCAACUGCGGCUGUUUUCUUUGGUGGUCUUCCUCAGCAACAGGCUCUUUCACAAGACGGUCUACCUUCAGUCAUCUCUGAGCAGCUCCACGUCCUCUGAGAAGCUGCCCAGCCCACACGCCUCACCUGCCAAACAGAAGUUCUCUCUGGGGUACUGAGCUGGAACCAAAGGAAUCUGUCCGGCCUCCAGUUACUGCACACGCCAUGGUUUUAGUUUUCUCUGAAGGGCAGAGCCCAUUUUGCCAUUGGAUUAGAUGUCUUGCAUUAGUUUAUUUUUUCCUUUUUAGUUGUCAAAACCUUGAACCCUGAGAAUCCGACCCUUGUUCCAUAUAUACAGUUGUUUAUUUGGUCAUGCUGCCUGGCACAUGUUGGAAUACAAAUAGAAGGUGCACAAUUAAUCUGUAUACAGCUUCUUUAUGUGUGGGAGUUGGGCAGAGUGGACAAGGCCUCCAUUGUAAGCCAUUUUUAUGUAGAGGACAGCCAGUCUUUGGCUAAUUAGAAUCCCAUGAAGAAAUCAAUGGUACAUACCCUUUAUCAACGUAAAUGAGCUAUUUAAUAUUGCAGACCUGCCAUAGUAUAGGGAUGGUGCUGGUUUUUCUUUCCUAUACAGUGUUGAAAUGGCAACCCUGCUUGGGCUGUAACAUAGCUUUUCUGUAUAUGUCAGAGAGCAAAGGAACUGUAUUAAAAUAUACAUGCAAUAAUAGUGCAUACAGUGAUUUAGGAAUCAGUUUAUCCCAUUGUUUUUAAUCCCUUAAAUUGCAUUUGUUUUGGCCCCCUCUACGGUACAUAAAUACACAAGAACGGAUGGUGGAUUUUGUAUUCCCUCUUGUUCUCCUGUUCUACAUUACCAUAGCUCUAUGUAUUUAUAUCAGAAAUCUGCUUGUCUUCUAGUUUCUUUGUCUGUUUCCUGUGUUGGGAGUCAAAAGCAGCUAAAGAAUAAGUGUAGACACCACAGAUGGUAAAGACAUGGCGUACAGAGCGAGCACAAGGGCUGUCUGAUUGGUAGAACAGCAGCGUAGGCUACAUCCUGCAUUAGUACAAACUUGUUUUAUACUUUGCUGCCUGUACAUACACAUAAAAAUGUCUUUGCUGUCUAAUCGAGCAAUUUGCUUAUUUGAGAUAAAGGAUGAACAAGACAAACACACACAAUGCUGCUCUUUAAUAAACAACUGAUGUUCUUUGUUGGCUCAGACAGUGCUGGCUGCAAAUUAAUAUUCAAUGUUAUUACAAUAGAUCAAGUAGAAGAUGUUUCUGCACCCAGUGCGCAAGCUGUAGUUCUUAUUAGCUCACAAAUUGCUCAUAUUUAAUGACUUCUCUAUCACAUAUGUUUCUGCUGACUGGUUCCAAGGACAGUAUUAUGGGAUAAAAUCCAAUUCUAAACCUUCUCUGUGUACUCCAUGUAUGCAGAGUCAUUGGAACUGACUAAUAGUUACUAACAAAUUCAUACCCUGAUUGCUCACAAAUAAUGGGCAAGAUUACAUAUGCGGCGGCGCCCACAAAAGCCGGCGGCUAUGGUUUUUAUGCGGUUUUGGUAUCACAUAUGCCGCAUAUAAAUGCGGCGCGUAUAUUUCACCCGUCGCCCGCAAUUUUUACUCCCAUAAGCUAACAUAGAACCGUGUCGCAAAUCGGUAUCACAUAUUUAGCACAAGAACUUACGCUGUGAAAAUGGAGAAUUUUACUACAUUUUCACCUCGCCACACAUAGGCAGGUGCAGCUGAAAAUGUGAGCACCGUAACUCCUGUAACUGCCUGAAAAUAUUAACUAACACCAAACGCAAGCGCAAUAUAUAUCUACCUGUCAACUGCCAACCCCCACCGCAAUAACUAAUAAAGCAUAUUAACCCCUAAUCCGCCAUUAACCCACACCGCAAUAAAUGUAAUAAAUGUUUUAACCCCUAAUCCGCCAUUAACCCACAACGCAAUAAACAUAAUAAAAAUAUUAACCCCUAAUCUGCCAUUAACCCACAACGCAAUAAACCUAAUAAAACUAUCAACUCCUAAUCCGCCAUUAACCCACACAACGCAAUAAACCUAAUAAAUCUAUUAACCCCUUAUCCGCCAAACCCACACUACACAAAUAACUAAUUAAAUUACUGGGCCCCGUAACCUAACACCCCCUAAAUUAACCUCAAUUACCUAAAUUAAAAAGUAAAAUUAAAAUUAAAAGCUAACAUUAUUUAAAAAUAAAUAAAAUUAAAUUAAUCAAAGAUUACAAAAAAUAAGUCUAACAUUACAUAAAAUAAUAAACCAAAUUAUCAAAAAUAAAAAAUAAACCUAAUCCCUAUGAAAAUAAAAAAGCCCCCUCAAAAUUAAAACACCCCCUAACUACCAAUAGCCCUUAAAGGGGCCUUUUGUAGGUCAUUGCCCUAAAUUAAACAGCUUUUUUACCUUAAAAAAUACUAAGUCCCCCCUCUAACAGUCAAACCCACCACCCAACAAACCCCCCAAAAUAAAACAAAAAACCUAACACUAAAAAAAUCCUAAACUACCCAUUGCCCCUAAAGGGGCAUUUGUAUGAGCAAAAAAACAAAAAUCCUAACUCUAACCCACAAAUAGGUACUCGCCGUUCCUAAAGUCCGGCGGAGAAGUUCCUGUUCCAGGCGGUGAAGUCUUCUUCUAAGCAUCCGACAUCAUCCAGGACCAAGCCGGCGCGGAGCAGGACUGGCGAUCGCGGAGCCAGGGAGUGAGGAGGAUCCUCUUCGUACGAUUGUCGCUGUACACUGAAUAGUGAAUUCAAGGUACGCGUUUAAAUAUGAGGUCCCUUGCAUUCCUAUUGGCUGAUUAUUCAAAUCAGCCAAUAGGAUGAGAGCUACUGAAAUCCUAUUGGUGAUCGUAUGAAGAGGAUCCUCCACGCUCCAUGGCUCAGCGGUCGCCAGUCCUGCUCCGCGCUCAUCUCUGCUCCGCGCUGGCUUGGUUCUGGAUGAAGAAGGAAGUGGUCCCCGCUUAGAAGAAGAUGUCGGUCGCUUGGAAGAAGACUUCACUGCCUGGAACAGGACCUUUUCCACCAGACUUCAGGAAUGGUGAGUACCUAUUUAGGGGUUAGAGUUAGGAUUUUUUUUUUUUAAGAUUAGGGUUUUAAUGGGCAAUCAUAAAAGAGCUGAAUGCCCUUUUAAGGGCAGUAAAAUAACUGAAUGCCCUUUUAAGGGCAAUACCCAUAUAAAUGCCCCUUUAGGGGCAAUGGGUAUCUUAGGUUUUUAGUGUUAGGCUUAUUUAUUUUGGGGGGUUUGGUAGGUGGUGGGUUUUACUGUUAGGGGAUGACUUAGAAUUUUUUUGAAAUGCAAAAGAUCUGUUUAACUUGGGGCUAUUGGUAGUUUAGCAUUAGAUUUGGGGGCUUUUUUAUUUUCAUAGGGAUUAGGUUUAAUUUUUUUAUUUUGGAUAAUUUUGUUUAUUAUUUUCUGUAAUGUUAGACUUUUUUAUUUUUGGUAAUUUAGGGAGCUUAGUAAUUAAAUUAGUUAUUUGCGUUGUGGGGGGUUGGUGGAUUAAGGAUUAAUAGUUUUAUUAGGAUUAUUGCUUUGUGUGGGUUUGGCGGAUUAGGGGUUAAAAGAUUUAUAAGGUUUGUUGCGAUGUAGGUUAAUGGCGGAUUAGGGGUUAAUAAUUUUAAUAGGUACUUUGCGAUGUGGGUUAAUGGCGGAUUAGAGGUUAAUAAAUUUAUUAGGUAGUUUGCGAUGUUGGCGGAUUUAGGGUUUAAUACUUUUACUAGGUAGAUCGCAAUGUGGGUGAAUGGCGGAUUAGGGGUUAAUAGUUUAAUUAGGCAUAUUGCGUUGUGGAGGGUUGUUGGUUUAGGGGUUAAUACAUUUAUUAUUAGUUGCAAUGUGGGGGGAUUGCGGAUAUUGGAAUUUUUACGUGUCGGGUUAGACUUUUUAAGGGAGAUUUGAUAUAUUUUUUAUUUUCUUAAGCGCCGGCAGUUUCUAAAGUGCCGUAAGUCACUGGCAACUCCAGAAAUGUGUAUUUACACACAUUUCUGGACAUCGCUAGUUUUUCCGACUUACGGCACUUUAUGAACUGCCGGCGCCAAAUAUGUGAUUUCCCCCGAUGUGCUAGGUGAAAUUACGGACGGCAUGGGUUUCAGCAGCUACACUGAAGCUUGCACCGCAUAUGUAUUAUUGCCCAAUAUGUUCAAUCUAUCUAGGAACAUAUUAAAUUUCAUUCAUUUUACCUCUCCAAUACCAAUUGCUUGAGUGUACAGCACACAACUAGUUUAACAUUUACAUACCUAUCUAAAGACAUAAGUAACGAUAUGCCUAUGUGCAUAUUUACAAUAGCAUUUAGACAUUAUACCCAGGAUAGGGACAUCUGUGCCAGCCCAGAACUAUAAGACUAGGCUCUUCCAUUAAAUAUGCGCAGCAAUAACCCUCCAUAUGUCCUCUGCAAAGAAAGAUUCAGUGCCAGAGCAUCCUGUACACAGUGCGGCUAAAUGUAUUUUAGAAGAGAAAAAUGACUGACUUUGUGUUUAAAUGACUGAGCUCUAAACAACACUGCUCUGGGACAAAUGGGCGAUUCCUGUUUUUAUGUGAUGCUUUAUCUUGUCUUUGAGACUUCUGUACAAAAACCUUUACAAGUUGUUUGGACUUUAUCACUUUGUGACUUAAAACAAAUGCACAGUUUUUAUGUGAAUGGCAUUUUAUAUAUGUGUAAAUGAUGUGACGGUACCGUAUCUGUGCUCUUUCUGGGAACGAUAUGCAGUUUACCAUUAAAAUGACACUAACAUGGUA